AUGUCUGGACCUGAAGAAUCCUCAAGCUCGUUCUUUGGGAUGGGCGGGAAGCCUCCAAACUAUGAGGACGUUGAAGUCAUAACAGUUAACCCAAAUCCCAGGUUGCGACUUCGAUUAGAAGUUUGGCACUUUUCCACUGACGGUAGAUCCCAAAAGAAGAACAAAAGAUUUGCCGAGGUGUUUAAGGAAGCCAAUCUUGAGAACUGGGAUGUGCAGGAAGUCGCUGUUGUUGAGCCAGACGGCGCUUCUAAUCGUGACGAUUUCGUUGAUUUUAAGCACAAUGAAUAUACCGACAAUGACCCCAACGGCAGAGCUCAGAACCAUGUUCGAGAACUCUUCAGGCGUAUUAUUCCGCCAAUCGUCUUUCGGUUCUUUCUCGAUAUUCACAGUAAACCCCACACUAUGAGUCUAGUCGCCCGUAAUGUGUCACCGGACCACCAGCAGAGAUACUGCCAGCUUUUCAUCAUCAAUAAACUGAACAUCCGUGUUGAUCAACUUUUGACGCCUGCUGGAUUUGAAGAUUCGUGUGUCGAUGAUAUUGUGGCCCGGCUCUCUACUCUUCCCAACGGCCUUUCAACAUUAUCGCAGAUUGUGGAGAUAUUUUCCAUGUACCAGCUCCUUCACGGCCAAACUGUGCCCCAAUUUUCUUUCAUGCAUAAGCAAGAUGCUGAUCAUGUGUUUAAUGUGCGAACGCUCACCCUUGGGGAUAUCGAGCCCCUUGUCACAAUCGCGGAAGAGCUUAGACCGCUAUAUGAGGCUAAUAUGAAUCAGUCAGUGGCUGAUACGUUGGCAACAAAGUUCCAAGCCGAUUUUGCAGAUGUAAUGGGUAAUCUAGGAAAAGUAAAAACCGACACACCUUUUACUCCACAGCAAUUGUACGAGACUGGCUUGAAUCUCCGCACAGGCAACACCAUGCUCUUAAGAGCAAGAGACUUUCUGGGGCCACAUCUAGAGCGCCAAAUCGAGCGAUACGAAAACGACAUGCGCUUGCCUAAGAAUAUUCGACUUGGAAGUGUGAUAGCUGGUGCAAGUACCGGAGGGGCCAUUUUCCUUGGGGGGCUGGCCUCAAAUCCUUUGACGUUGACUAUUGCUGUGUUUUUAUACGCGGCUGUAGCAGCACAGGGCAAUAUAGGGGCAAUUUCGAAGAAGAAUAACGCAGUUAAAGCAUUUCUGCAAGAUUUAAAAGAUAUGGCGGAUGUAUUCGACGAGGCUCGGAGGUCUGUGGCCGUGGCCGUUUGCCAGGACGUCUUUAAUAUAGGGCUCGAUAACUUGGGACAGCACGAGCGGACGGCAAUUCUACACAGCUUUGGCAUUGACGUCAGUGCAUUGAAGUACGAGGAAUAUCGGCAGAGUCUCGUUGAGAGCAGCAUUGACAAGCUGAUGACUUAUUAUAAGGAGAUGGGAACAAAUUUUGAGCAUAUGGUUAGGGUGUGUGGGCAUGAUCUAAAUGAUGCAAAGAUGCCGUUGUAA